CAGAAAUCCCGUACAGUCAGCGGCUCGAACGGCGGGCGCGUAAAUUUCUGCAUUCAAGAUGGCGGAUAAACGAAGAGGAAAGCAUUCCCAAGGCUAUUAUCGGAGCUUAAAUGCUCUCAAUACGGCAGAUUUCAUUGAGAGUCGGUGGAAAAGGAAAAAAGGCCCUUACUUUCAAGUGGAAAGAGUUUUAAGCUGCAGGAGAAAUAAAGGAAAGAAUGAGUACCUAAUUCGUUGGAAAGGGUACAGUUCGCUGGAGGACACGUGGGAAGUGGAGGAAAACCUUAAUAAAACCGCAAUAAGGGCAUUUAGAAUGUCCAAACCCUCAGAGGAAAGAAUUAAAGAGGGAUCUGAUCUACUGGCAGUUGCUAUUCUCCAGCAUCUCAAGAGCAAACAUCAGACAGCCUCAGCCACAACUGUAGUAGAAAUUAGACAUGAUGUCUUUAAUUAUAUUUUUAGAGGACGAGGAAGACCCAGCACAAAAUCUGGUUGUACUUUGUUAGAGAAGACUGACUUUAACCACUGUUCUUUUUUAAAAGAAUGUCCCGACUGGGACUGUUACAUAGACAACCUUGGAGAUGGCACACAAGUCAUAUUUCCAAUUAGAGCAAAACCUUUU